AUGGCAUAUAGAGCGUCCCAGCAUGAAUCAACAGGAUUCACACCAAACAUGCUUAUGCUGGGUAGGGAGUCCACCACCCCGUUAGAUAUCGUGUAUGAUAUGCCCUCAUCUUGGAAACAGGUACCAAAGUAUGACUGGGUCUGGGUUCUACUUGAUCUGAUGGAACGGGCUCAUCACUUGGUGAGGCGACAUUCGGAGGGAGCGAUUCUACGACAAAAACACUAUCACAACAUGAAGAUGUCCUAUGAACAAUUCAAAAGUUGGGACUCAGUUUAUGUGUACUUUCCCCAAAGGAAAACUGGUUGUUCACCAAAGUUAACAUCGUAUUGGCGAGGACCAUUCCAGGUCCUGGCAAAGAUCUCCGAAGUCCUAUACAAGGUCAACCGUUGGCGCAAUGGAAAGGAACAAAUGGUUCAAUGCGACAGGAUGAAAGCCUGUAAAGCUCAAAUACUCAGAGGCGAGGAUAUCGAGUCAGAGUCAAGUGACUCUCCAAAUGUUGAACUAAAUGUGGAAGAACAGGAUGAUGACUUUGGUUCAUCCUACAAAAAUGUUGAAUUCACAGACGAAUUGGUUGCUGAGAGCCGACCAAGACGUGAAAGGCGUACUCCAACUUGGUUACAAGAUUAUGUGGAGGACUAG